AUGUCAGUGCAAUUUCAUACUACAUUAAGAUUCGAUUUAUCAUGGAAAUCGAAUGUUGAAAUAAUGAAACAAUCAAAUGGAAAUUGGUUGAACAAAUUACCAAAGUUAAGAUAUUUUAGUUUAAAAACUUUUAUUGAUGAUGACUGGGAAUUUAUUUAUUUGAAAUGGCUUCUCAAUAAUUUAAAUUAUGUUGAAAAACUUCAACUUCAUCUUAAAAAUGAUCGACUCGAUGAAAGAAAAUCUCAAGAGAUAUGGAAAUCAUUGAUUGAUGCAAAUUUCAUUCGUCAAAAUUGUUUACCUGAUCGAAUAAAGAAUUUAAGUAAUUUCGAUUUCUAUAUUUGUUCACAACGUCAAUUGCCAUUCAAUGAUAUAGAAAAAAUAACAAAUUCAUUUAAAAAUCAUUCUUUUUUUCUUGAUCAUCAAUGGACAAAUGUUAAUUGUUUUAUUGAUCCAAUAAUGUUAUCUCAACAUAUUUUCUCUUGUUUUACAAAUAAUUUUCGAUUUUCUCAUAAUUUUAUUAAGUAUUCAAAUGUUUUCAAUUGGCCACAUAUUGGCGAUAUCUGGUGUAAUUUACAUCCAUCACUUUCUUUAAUUCUUCAAGGAGUUAAUCAAUUAACUCCUAAUCUUUCUUGCAUCAAAAUUCGUGAACAAAUUUACAUGUUCACUGUGCCUUAG